AAUUUUUCGUAUUAACGUAGAAGAUCUUAAAUCGAGCAAAUCUGCCAACUUAGCUUCGAUUUAAAUUGAAUAACCACCUUUUGCUUUUGAAAGAACCAACACACAAAGAAAACAUCAAUAAUUGAAAAAUCUCAGCAAUGUUACUAAGUAAAAUUAUAAUUGUUAAACGAUUUUUAUUUAUUUAUUUAUUUAUUUAUUUAUUUAUUUUUUGUUUUAUAUUUUGUUUUAUCGCCUUUUUAGAACACUACCAAGAAAAACAAAGAAAAAGAAAAAGAAAAAUUUAAUUAUGGAAAAGAAAACCCUCAAAAAAAUCAAAAAAAGAAAAAAACUCAAAAACAACAACAACAACAACAACAUCAAAUGCAGCAACAACAACAACAUCAAAUGCAGCAACAACAACAACAUCAAAUGCAGCAACAACAACAACAUCAAAUGCAGCAACAACAACAACAUCAAAUGCAGCAACAGCAACAACAACAAAUGCAGCAGCAACAACAUCAAAUGCAGCAACAACAACAACAUCAAAUGCAGCAACAGCAACAACAACAAAUGCAGCAGCAACAACAUCAAAUGCAGCAACAGCAACAACAACAAAUGCAGCAACAGCAACAACAACAAAUGCAGCAACAACAACAGCAACAACAAAUGCAGCAGCAACAACAACAACAACAACGGCAGCAGCAACAAGCCCCAAGAGAAGUGUGGAGGAAUGGAGAAAAAUUUAUUCUACAUUCAGUUGUCCGAAGGAAUCCGAGGAGAGCAGUGAAGAGAGUGGCGGAAAAUGAUGGUGCACCAGUGUUGGUUAGAGUUAGGCGGAGGAGGUUAAACCUAGGGGAAAAUCGCGAAGAAGAAAAUGAAAUUAUCCAUAAUGAGGCCUUUGAGCAACCACCACCAAUUGAACCAGUAGCACCCAUGCCAGUGGAGGAGGAAGAUCGACCAUACAUAGUCCCACUUGAUCCUCCUCCAAACUUACAAAAUUGGCUUGAAAACGCACCAGAAUGGCUGAGAUUAUACAUGCGCACACAAGAGGAGAGAGUUUCUGCUUUGGAGGCUCGCGUGGAGGCACUAGAGAAUAACGUACAACAGAGGGGGGCAGCCAGGGAUCGGUCUCCACCACUUUCCAAUCCACCAUCACCCCGUUCCCUUAUUCCUAAUCGUUGUUUACCUGUUCCAAAACUUCCACCAAUACCCCUUUCUUUAUCAUCGUCAUCUGUAACUGUAUGUGCGCCUCGUUGUUUGUCUGUGCCGUGUGUUUCGUUGUCUUCGUCUACGUUAUGUCCAUGUUCGUCCUCCCCGCAGAAUCCACCAUUCCCUUGUGAACACCCUAACUCUCCAGCAUAUUCCCCCGUUCCACCACCAAUCCAGCCAACAAACCAAUCAACACCCAUUUCUUCCAAACGACGUUAUCCCCGCUUCUCAUUCCACACUCCAUCAACACCUCCAGGCCCACCUACACCACCACGCCCACCUACGCCACCAACUCCACCUCAUUUGCCUACUUUCUUUCUUCCGAUAACGUCUAAUCCAACACCAUCUACCCCCCGCCCAUUGUCAUUCCGUGUUAAUCGUCGUCCCGCCCUUUAUAGCCGUCCCACCCCUCCAUAGCCACCUUCUAUUUAA